GAAGUAAAGUAGCAGAUUGCAACUGUAGUCAGUUUUUGGCACAGAGGUAUAACGUUUUAGGUUCGCGGUUUGCUGUGCUUGUCAUCGUUUGGAGCACAGCAGUAACGAGCAAAGGCAGUUCAAAUUUCUCGUUGUAGCGUAUGUAGAGAGAGGUAGCAGUAAUUCUUAAAGGUGGCUACCACGUUUUCACAAGAAUUCCCUUGUCCAACCCUGCCUGUUAUGCGGUGGUGAACGUCGACAGUGACGGAUGGUAGUGUUAUAGCACGAAGAUUUGCGAUGUUCUGAAGUUUCCUGACGAAAAGAUUCGAGCUACUGCUAACGAUGUGCAUCCUGAUGUAACUACAUCGAAAUUACGGUAGAAAGUAGAAACAGUGACGCUCACUCGACAAGCACAUAGAAAGAAAAUGUCAGGGCAUAGAGGCGGUGGAGGGGCUGGGAGUCAUCAAGGAGGCCCACCAGGCCUUAAACAAAUAGAUUUAGAUCAAAUCUGGGGAGAUCUACGCGAGGGUAUCGAACAAGUCUAUAACAGACAAUGCAUGUCUAAACCAAGAUAUAUUGAUUUGUACACACAUGUAUAUAAUUAUUGCACAAGUGUUCAUCAACAAUUAACUAGAACAUCGACCAAAAGUAAAAAGGGACAAAUUUCUCAAGGAGGUGCACAGUUAGUCGGUUUGGAGCUAUACAAACGUUUACGCGAAUUUCUUAGAAAUUACCUCAUUAGUUUAUUAAAGCACGGAACUGAUUUGAUGGAUGAAGAUGUAUUACAAUUCUAUACAAGACAAUGGGAGGAAUAUCAGUUUAGUAGUAAAGUAUUAAAUGGUGUAUGCGCUUAUUUAAAUCGUCACUGGGUACGCAGAGAAUGCGAAGAAGGUCGUAAAGGAAUUUAUGAAAUUUACCAAUUAGCUUUGGUGACAUGGCGAGAUAACUUAUUCAAGCAUUUAAAUAGACAAGUCACAAAUGCAGUGCUUAAGCUGAUCGAACGAGAACGGAACGGGGAAACAAUAAACACACGUUUAGUCAGUGGUGUAAUUAAUUGUUACGUAGAAUUGGGUUUGAACGAAGAGGACCCUGGUGCUAAAGGACAGAAUCUUACCGUUUACAAAGAUUCGUUUGAAAAUGUCUUCCUUGAGGAUACCGAAAGAUUUUACACUCGAGAAAGUUCAGAGUUCCUCAGACAAAAUCCAGUGACAGAAUAUAUGAAAAAGGCGGAACAAAGGUUGCUGGAAGAACAAAAACGCGUUCAAUUGUACUUGCACCAAACAACGCACGAUAGAUUGGCGAAAACGUGCGAGAGAGUGUUAAUUGAAAAACAUUUAGAUAUCUUUCAUUCUGAGUUUCAAAAUCUGUUGGAUGCUGACAAGAAUACAGACUUGGGUCGCAUGUAUCAACUAGGCGCAAGAAUACCGAAUGGUCUUGGGGAAUUACGAAACCUUUUAGAAGGCCAUAUAGCUAAUCAAGGAUUUGCGGCUAUCGAUAAAUGCGGCGACUCUGCAGCUAAUACUUUUACACAGGAUCCAAAGGUCUACGUGAACACAAUUUUGGAAGUUCAUAAAAAAUACAAUGCUCUAGUACUUGUUGCAUUUAAUAACGACAGCGGGUUCGUGGCAGCUCUUGAUAAGGCUUGUGGAAGAUUUAUUAAUAGUAAUUCGGUAACUAGAGCAGCGAACAGCAGCAGCAAAUCGCCGGAGUUACUAGCAAAAUACUGUGAUCUGCUACUGAAAAAGAGUAGUAAAAAUCCGGAAGAAGCAGAACUCGAGGAUACACUCAAUCAAGUUAUGGUAGUAUUUAAAUAUAUCGAGGACAAAGAUGUAUUCCAAAAGUUCUAUAGUAAGAUGUUAGCGAAACGAUUGGUACAACACAUGUCCGCCAGUGACGAUGCGGAAGCGUCAAUGAUUUCUAAAUUGAAACAGACUUGUGGUUUUGAAUACACUUCAAAACUACAACGAAUGUUCCAGGAUAUUGGAGUGUCCAAGGAUCUAAAUGAACAAUUCAGAAGGCAUUUGACGAACUCCGCCGAACCAUUGGACAUAGAUUUCAGCAUACAGGUGUUAUCUUCCGGUUCGUGGCCGUUUCAACAAUCGUUUACAUUUUCAUUGCCGACAGAGCUAGAACGAUCUGUACAUAGAUUCACUACUUUCUAUAGUUCACAACAUAGUGGAAGAAAGUUGAAUUGGUUAUAUAAUAUGUCUAAAGGAGAAUUGCAUACAAAUUGUUUUAAAAACAGAUAUACGUUGCAAGCAUCCACUUUCCAAAUGGCCGUCUUAUUGCAAUACAAUGGUUCUACCUUGUGGACGAUACAACAGUUACACGAUGCUACACAAAUAAAAAUGGACUUUUUGCUUCAGGUUAUUCAAAUAUUGUUAAAAGCUAAACUAUUAACUGCAGCUACGGACGAUGAAAGCGAAUUGACACCACUAUCGACGGUGGAACUUUUCGCAGGAUAUAAAAAUAAAAAGUUGAGAGUAAAUAUCAAUAUACCAAUGAAAACAGAACUAAAAGUUGAACAAGAAACGACACAUAAGCAUAUAGAAGAAGAUAGAAAACUUCUGAUUCAGGCAGCAAUUGUUAGGAUUAUGAAAAUGCGGAAGGUAUUGAAACAUCAGCAACUGGUCGCUGAAGUAUUGAAUCAGUUAAGCUCUAGGUUCAAACCACGAGUACAUGUUAUUAAGAAAUGUAUAGAUAUUUUAAUUGAGAAAGAAUAUCUGGAGCGCACAGAGGGUCAAAAGGACACUUAUAGCUACCUGGCAUGAUCAAGUUGAUCUAGGACAACGAUACAGCAGCAACCAUAUACUCGAACGAAAGAUGACUCUUCAAUCUCAUUGCUACCAUGCUGUCACAAUAUUUAUUUACAUCUCGUACUUUGAAUCUCGUACAUUUUCCUUGUACAUGGAUGCCUUUGUACCAUGUUGUCCCUCUGGUCGCAUUUAGAGUCUCGAUUUUAUAAUAUGUUAAUAAAAUCAUUUCAUAGUCAA